AUGGUUUCGAGCAAACAAUCUUUCGACAGUAGAGACACUGGGUUGUUAAAGAAUGUGGUCAAAGACCCAAAGUCUGCUCCAGUGGUACAGAAUUAUGAAGUGACCCCAUUGGAUUCUAUUUCGGAUGCUGUUACGGAUUUGGAAGAUCACGAUAAGAUUCGUGAAAGUUUAAACCGGUCUUUGAGUCCGAGACAUAUCAAUAUGAUUUCUGUUGCAGGGGUGAUUGGGACCGGGCUGUACUUAUCGACAGCGAAAUCUCUUCAUGUUGGUGGUCCGGGGUCGUUGUUCAUUAAUUAUACCAUUAUGGGAGGAGUGGUUUACUUGACGAUGCUGUGUCUUGGUGAAAUGUCUACUUUCAUGCCCAUUAGUGGAUCUUUUUGCUCAUAUGCCAAAAAAUUCGGUUGUGAGUCUUUUGCGUUCGCCUUGAUGUGCAAUUACUGGUUCAAUGAUGCUGUUUCGGUGGCUAGCGAUCUGACUGCGCUGCAGUUGGUUUUGGAUUACUGGAAAUCUUCACAACACAAUUUCCCAUAUUGGGCUGCUUCGCUGUUGUUUUGGGUGUUUUUACUGGGGCUUAACGUAAUUCACGUCAGGGUUUAUGGUGAAGCGGAGUACUGGUUGGCCUUGUUAAAGGUAAUCGCUAUUGUGAUCUUCUUUAUUUUAGCCAUUGUGGUGAAUGUGGGUCAUAAUCCAGACCAUGAAUAUAUCGGAUUCAAAUACUGGAGUUACAAGGAGGCACCAUUCGUGAACGGUUUCAAAGGGUUUGUAACCAUCUUUGUCAGUUCGGCUUUCUCCUACGGUGGUACCGAAAGUAUCACAUUGACCGCAGGUGAGGCAAGGAACCCGAUUAGAAACACACCUAGAAUUGUUAAGACUGUUUUCUGGAGGAUUUUGAUCUUUUACGUGGCGACCAUGUUCUUCAUUUCCAUGAAUAUCCCAUACGACUAUCCAAAUUUGAGCACCAAAUCCGUGAUGACUUCUCCUUUCACUAUCAUCUUCCAAAUGGCCGGUACCAAAGCCGCUGGUUCAUUCAUGAAUGCGGUGAUUUUAACCAGUAUCGUCAGUGCUGGGAACCACGCGCUAUUUGCAGGAAGCAGAGUGUUAUACAACAUGGGAUUAGAAGGAUUUGUUUUCCCAAAACUCAUUACAAAGACAAACAGAUACCGUGCACCUUACGUCGCUGUAAUACUCACUUGGGCCGUUGGUGGACUGUGUUUUGGAGCCAGUUUCAUUGGUGCUGGUACUCUAUGGACGUGGUUACAAAACAUCGUCGGUGUCUCUAACCAAGUCGCUUGGCUCAGUAUCGCUGUCACAUCUAUUAGAUUCAGGAAAGGUUUAGCGCAACAGGGCAAGACUCAAGAGUUGCAGUUCAAGAAUUGGACCUAUCCAUAUGGACCAUAUUUCCUGGUAAUCUUCGUUACAUUGAUUAUUUUAGUGCAAGGGUGGUCAGCAUUUGACCCAUGGAGUACUUCAGACUUCUUUUCGUAUUAUCUGGAAUUGUUCGUCUUCCCAACAUGCUGGCUCAUCUGGUGGAUCUUCAAGAGAGACCGCUUCGUUAAGCCAGAGGAUAUGGAUUUUAUCACGGACAGAUAUAUUCAGAGUCCUCAAGAAAUUGAAGAGAAUGAAAGGCUUGAUAACCUGGAAGGCUACCCAAAAUACAGGCAGAUCGUUAGUGACUACUUUUUGUAA